UGUGAAACACUUAAUAGACUUAAUAUAUGUUAUUAUAUGUUAUUAAAUGACAUCAAUCAGUGAUUACAACAUUUGCUUAACAAAUGUUAUCAUUAAAUAGUAUAUCAUUUGAUGGAUUGACUGCAUUUAGAAGUGGCCACUAGUUUGCCGCCAAUUACCGACACAUUGAACACAUUAUGGCUAAAAUAUGUCGAUUGUUGAGUACAUCUCAAGACAUACCACACCAAACAUUACAGAUCGGCGAUCGUCUAACCGUUGGCCGCAACCGAUGCUGUCGUAUACGUGAUAUAAAGUGUUCCCGAAGUUACUGUGAGGUCACGUUUGACGGCAACAAAGUUUCAGUAGUUUAUUGCAAGUCUAAUAAAAGUGAAUACCUUUCAAAUGGACAGUUAUUAUCGGGAAUUGGAUUUAAAUAUAAAAUAGUUUUUAUUGAAAACAAUAACAAUUUGAAUGUAAAUGAAGUGAUUGACAAAUCUUUGGAUUCAUUUGAUGAUACCAUCGACUCUGCAAAUGAUUUCAAAUCGAUUGAUAAGUUCGGCAGCGAUGACAAAGUGGUCACAACUGGUGUCACCCAAUGGAUGUCAUUGAAUGCAAAUCGGGUUCAUAUUUGCAAAUUUCUCGGCGGCGGACAAUGCAGUAAAUUUGUGGCCGCUUUUGAUUUUGACGAGACUUUAGUUUCACCCAAAUCGGGAAAUAAAUUUGCAAUUGAUUCGAGCGAUUGGAAACUUUUGGAUAAAUCAUUGCCGAAAAAAAUUGAGAAACUGGUUGAACAAGGAUUUCGUUUUGUUAUCUUUUCAAAUCAAUUGGGUUUAUCUCAGGGAAGGGUUAAACUCGAGGAUAUUCAACAACGUUUUGAAUCAGCUCUGACUGCAAUUGGCUGUCCCUGUCUUGUAAUGAUCGGUGCAUUUGAUGAUAUUUAUCGAAAACCGAGACCCGGUUUGUGGCAACUAUUGGCCAAUGACUUAAAUAAUGAUAUGUUAAUUGAUAUGAAGACCAGCUUUUUUGUUGGUGAUGCUGCCGGACGUAAAAAGCAAUUAAACGGCAAAUCAGAUCACAGCGCAGCAGAUCUAUUGUUUGCCGCCAAUUGUGGUCUAAAUUUCUUAACUCCCGAACGCUUUUUAAGUGAUGUAAAGCCAAAGGGUAGAGAAGCGAACUGUGAUACAAGUUAUGCGGGUUUUCCUGUCACUACAUAUCGGCCCAAAAAACAAGAUAUGACUUUUAUAGCUUCACAUAUGGAAACCGGUAAACAAUAUAAAGAUAUGACUGAUCUAUUGGCCAACUAUUAUAAUCGUCUUCAUAUAAUUGUGUUUUGUGGUUUACCCGCUUCGGGAAAGUCAUCCUUAUAUUUGAAUCAUUUAAGAAAAUUUAGUUAUUAUUAUGUGUCCAGAGAUGAGUUAAAAACGAUGGAAAAAUGUUAUAAGAAGUGUGAAUCACAUUUAAGAAGUAAUGAAAACUGUGUCAUUGAUAACCUGAAUGUAGAUCUCGCGAGUCGUAAACAAUGGAUAUCACUCUCUAAGAAGUACUCUGCGAUUCCUUUGCUUUUUUACUUUGAUAUUAAUGUAAACCAAUCACUUCAUAACAAUAAGUUUAGACAAAUCAUAGGUAUUAAUAGUCCCGUCACUGACCUCGUGAUUAGGUCUCAAAACAAAAACUUUUUGAUGCCGUCGACAUCGGAAGGCUUUGAAUCGAUUUAUAAAAUUAAUUUUGUGUCCAAAUUUAGUAAACCUGAAAACGAGUCAUUGUUUUUUAUGUAUUUAGCUGAAAGAUAACUUUUAUUUGUAUAAUAUGUUCAUUGAUUUUUAAUUAACUCAAUUGUAUUAUUGCGCUAUAAAUAUACAAUUAGUUUGUGUUUCUAUAAUAAAAUAAUUGCCUCAAUCCUUGAAAAUAAUAAUUAUAAU